UCCGUUGGAUAUCGUGAUUUCAAAAGUUACCAUCGCAGUAGAGGGUGCCACAGUAGCUAACUGCUCCUCGAGCCAUAAGGAGGCCCUCGCGCUUUUCUUUCUUUCACCCCAACAGGAUGGAGUCCAUAGGCGCGCGUGGUAUUUCCGUUUGAUCUUUCGAAAAAAAAAAGAAGGAAAGAAAGAAAGAGAGAAAGAAAGGGAGGAAGGAAACCGUGGUCGCGCAACAGAGCGAAAGAAAGAAAGAAAGAAUGGCGAACACGGCACAUCUCGUCCGCCGGCAAAGCUCGCGCGACUUAAAGCCCCAGAAAAGUGUGGACAAACUUGAAAUGAAGGAAAUGAGAGGUAGAUUAGUGGUGGACAAUAGAAAGACUAACACCACUGCCAAUUAUGGGGCCACGAACGCAGCCUUUGAGGACUCCAGUCCUAACAUGAAGAACAAAGCGGGGAACGAGGGUGGGGGUAGUAAGCUCGGGAGCAACGAGGGAAAAGCGAUUUUCCGGCCGGAAGCGGGCGAAGACGAAAGAGAAAAUUGGGAUAGUAAGCUUACUUUUCUACUAGCAACAGUCGGAUACGCCGUUGGUCUUGGAAACGUGUGGAGAUUCCCUUAUCUCGCUCAAAAGAACGGCGGAGGAGCAUUUUUGAUCCCAUACUUCGUAAUGCUGGCCAUCGAGGGCAUCCCCAUAUUCUAUCUGGAAUUGGCGAUUGGCCAGAGAUUACGGAAGGGAGCUAUCGGUGUGUGGAAUCAGGUUUCUCCGUACAUGGGUGGUAUAGGUGUGAGCAGUGCUGUAGUAUCUUUCAACGUAGCUCUGUAUUACAACACUAUUAUCGCUUGGUGCCUAUUUUACUUCGUUCAAAGUUUUCAAUCGAAGCUACCGUGGGCCGAGUGCCCCAACGUGUAUUUCCAAAACGGAUCGUACGCACCCGAAUCGGAGUGUGUGAUAAGCAGUCCCACGCAAUACUUCUGGUAUCGGACAACUUUGAUGAUAUCCGAGGACAUCAACACCCCAGAAAUAUUCAAUUGGAAGAUCGCUUUGGCUCUGGUGAUCGCCUGGAUCCUCGUGUACAUGUGCAUGAUCAAGGGAAUCGCUUCAUCAGGGAAGGUCGUGUACGUGACCGCCACAUUUCCGUACAUCGUUUUGAUCAUAUUCUUCUUUCGCGGCGUCACUCUGACAGGGAUGUCCGACGGGCUGCGUCACCUUUUCACCCCAAAGUGGUGGAAGUUGACCGAUCCAGUGGUAUGGCUGGAAGCGGGCACGCAGAUAUUCUUUUCCCUUGGUUUGGCGUUUGGCGGUUUAAUAGCCUUCUCCUCUUACAAUCCUGUGAACAACAAUUGCUAUCGAGACGCGAUAAUGGUCAGUUUAACGAACUGUUUCACUUCCAUGUUUGCCGGGAUUGUUGUGUUUUCUAUUAUUGGUUUCAAAGCUACCAUGGUCUACGAGCACUGUCUAACCGAAAGGAAUGCGACCCUGUUCAACAUAUUUGGCCAAUUGGAUAAAAUACCCGACGAAAUACCAGCGGCUGGCACACUUUUGAACGUGACCACGGGGAAUGGGACGUUGGACAGCUUGAUCAUGCCGGAAUUACCCGAAUGCGACCUCGAAAAAGAAUUGGACAACUCGGCAUCGGGGACUGGCCUGGCGUUUAUCAUAUUCACGGAAGCGAUCAAUCAAUUUCCCGGAGCUCAAUUCUGGUCCGUGUUAUUCUUCCUCAUGUUGUUCACCCUGGGAAUAGAUUCUCAAUUCGGCACGCUGGAAGGGGUGGUCACGAGCAUCGUCGACAUGAAACUGUUCCCGAACUUGCGCAAAGAAAUUCUCACAGGUGGCAUUUGCUUGCUUUGUUGCGUGAUCUCGAUGGCCUUCGCUCACGGUGCUGGAAGCUACGUCUUCGUGUUAUUCGACAAUUUCAGUGGAAACUUCCCCCUGUUGAUCAUCGCGUUCUUCGAAUGCAUCGCUGUGUCCUACGUGUACGGUUUGAAAAGAUUCGCGGAUGACAUCGAACUGAUGACUGGCAACCGUCCAGGCCUUUAUUGGCUGAUAUGUUGGAAGUACUUGAGCCCGAUGGCUAUGCUGAGCAUCUUAAUUGCCUCGAUUGUGGAGAUCAUCGUGGAUGGGAGUGGUUAUCCAGCUUGGGUUGCCAGCAAGGGUAUCACGGAGAAACACGAGUGGCCCCUUUGGGCCUUGGGCCUCAUCGGUCUCCUUAUCCUCGCCUCCGUUCUUUGGAUUCCCGCCGUUGCAAUUUGCAGACUCUUCGGGAUACUGAUAAUCGAGGAUAACGAGAAAGCGUGGUUCCCCGCUGCCGAUCUGAAAGAAUUUCACGGCAUAGUGCCCCACGAGGUGACGUCGGCGGAAACGCUGCUGUUCUGCAUAAGGAGCGACGGUUCAGAGGGACUCUGUUGCCCGACCGGCGGCCCCAGCGACGACGACGAGGAUCUCACCUAGGAAUGGUUGUCCUCUCACGCGUUGGAUUAACGUGCGUUCAAAUGGUUCGUAAGGCCGAGGAACAGCAUUUUUUUACUUCGUAUCGUUGGGGUGGAUCGUUGCCAGACCUCGUAUCCGUCGUUCUUCGUUUCAAUUUAAGCGCCACAUACUCUUUAUUUUUAGAGAGCGUAUAUCUUAGAAGGGUACAUCGUGUCAAUUAAUGUCGAAAACGUCGACGUUUGUAUAAUUUGAUCUACGCGUAUGUUUGUGACGAGGACGGCGACGAGAUUCGUUUAAGGGGAAGGAGGACGGAACACGCUUUUUUCAAUUGAAUUACGAAGGGAGGCAGGGGGGUAAUUAUUUAUUUCAUCUUUUAGACGUGAUCUUUUUCUCUCUCUCUCUCUCUGUCUGCUGUUUUUCGAGUCUCUGAAUCAUUUAACGAUACACGCGAACGUCAAUAUCGAUUGGAGAAAACGGAAACGUUUUCAAAUUUUUGCGAGAAAAAUGAGUAUAAGUGGAUAAGUAAACGUAAAAAAAAAGAGAAAGAAAAAAAAUAAGUAAAUAAAUAAGAAACUGCGAGUUCUACCUUCAAGCCAAACUUACAGUUUCUUUGCUUGCGAAUAUACGAUGCAUCCCGAUGCGUUUGUCGAGAUAUAUUUUAUCGUUAUUCGAUUCGUUUUUACGAAUAUUUUGCGUGAAAAAGCACUCGAAAUUUUAUCUUUUGUACAUUGCGAUAAUGUUAGAAAGGAAUUUAAAUACUAAAGAAUACGAAGAAGAAAGUAGAAGGGGAAAAGAAGAGUUAUAUACGAUAUCAAAAAAUUAUGAUUUAUUAGGAGAUGUAUCGUGUAUUUCAAAGACUAUAUAGCAUAUAACGCGCAUCAAUUUAGCAUUUACAGACCUUACAUUCUUAAAAGACGAGUUGAAACGCUGCAACGACAGAUUUGCAGACGAUCAUGAUAAAAUAGGAUAACUAAUAAGUUAAAGUUUAGACUCGAAAUAAAACUUUUACCGCUUAGCAAAAAUUGCAAAUAAUGUGAGAAACCUAAGAUUAGAUGUAGGAGCCGUCCGUAAAGGGAAAAAAAAAAAAAAAGAACAAAAAAAAUGGGGACGAUCCCGAAUUUUAUUCCACUUUUUUAUCUUCUGCUUUAUUAUUAUCUUUUUCUUCCUUUUUUUUUUAUUAUCAUUACUUUAGAACACCGAUUGAUUCUCCAUUGUGCUCUUAUCGUCGCGAAAUUAUAAUAUUAUACAAAGAUCUAGCCAAAAUUCGAUCGAUUGUAAGAUUUUAAGAACGUAUCCAAAAAAAAAAACAGAAAAAAAAGAGAGAGAAGAAGGAGCAAUCCGAUCAAGAAUCAUAUCAAUGAUCUCGUUUCGCAAAACGAUGUGAUCAAGUGUGAUGCAUUCGAAGUUAGUUGAAUUAGCCCCAUCCCUAGCUCUCUUAUUAUUAAAUCGAAUAUCAAUUAUUACUUUAGCUAUACAUAUACAUAUACAUAUCUCACGUGUCGAAUUUAUAGAAUUUCUUUCUAAAUCGAGAGGGAAGAAAAAGUAAGGGCGAGAAGAGGAGGUAAUAAUAAAAUAAUCCGAUGAACGAACGAAGCUAAAGUAUCGAUAUCGAGGGAAGAGGUAAAAAAAAAAAUUAAAAAAAAAAAAUUACGACGCUCGAUCUUGUUCGACGUUUGUUGCAUAAACGUUGUUAUAACAGACAAUAAGAAAUUUUUUUUUUUCUAAGACUCGGUCGGGGGUCGUGUACGACAAUAAUAAUGAGAUUCGACGAAAUCGAAAAUUAAUUUUUAAUCGAGACGAUUAAAUAAUUCGACAAUAAGACGUAUAAAAGAUAGAUUGCACUAUUACACAUUCUUGCACAUUCACCGAGGCCUACGAAAAAAAUCGAUGAGAAGGAUGUUGCUUCGAUCGAAGGAAUAGAGAAUAUCGUAUUUUUUCUCUGAUUUCUGAUAUUUUUCAUCAUCGUUCAUAUUCUUCCUCUUUGUAUUUCUUUUUUUUUUUUUUUUUAAUAAUCGUGUUUUACAUCAUAUCGCGAAAACAAGAGAAUUUUUUGGAGAAAUUUUACAUUAUUGAAAGAAUUUGAAAAUAAAAGAAAAAAAGAAGAAAAAAAAUCAAAACACUUUACUAUACCGGCGAAUAUUUAUGCAAAUGUUUCUUUGAACGGAAAUGAAAUUGGAAGAAAAAAGGAUAUGUCUCGUCCUUUCAACGGUCAUAACACGUAGUUUGUUUUAUAGAUAUUUUUCUCUCUCUUUCUCUCAUCUCAUUAUAUGCAUUUUAUAGAUUUUUGUAUAUUCGAACAUGUCAUAAAUGCGUAAAUUCUUCGCGAUCUAUUUAACGCGAAAUGAAUAUUAUGUAAUUCCACAAGAGAGAAAAGAGAAAUCUAAUUAAUCUAUUCCUUCGAAAAGGGGAAUCGUUUCUUAGCAGAGGUUAGAGCAGUUAGCGAGAUACUCUCCAAUCGUAUCUAUUUGUACUUCGAAUCUCUCUAUUUUGUACGCGCUUUACGGGGUAUGGUCUCUCUAAACUCUUUUUAACAAUCGAAUCGUUGUUCGCACAAGAUCUCGCGACGAUGAUUCAACGAAACGGCUUAAAAAAGAAAAAGAAAAAAAAAAAAAGAAGAAAAAAGGGGACAUGAAAAUAGUAGAGAAUGAAAAAUAGGUUCUACCAUCCAGAGAGAAGAAAAUUAAUCCUUGGUCUUCGGCAAACGUCACGCAAUAGAAUCGCACACGCGUUUAAUUUCACACGGGGAGAAAUAUUUACAUUCGCGAGUAGAUCGUUUCUCUUGUUUCUUCUCGAUAAGGUGCUAAACUAUAAAACUAUAUAUAAGAGUGAUUUAAUACCGAAAUGAAUAUAUUAUUAAAGAAAAAUAUCGUUGAUAAUACUUGUUAAGAUCCUUGUAAGAUCGAUUUAAUAACACUUACACCGAGGAUUAAUUAUGUUGCUCCUGAAUCGAUUUAGUGAUUUAAUUGUACUCGUAUAUUAUAUUAAUUAUCCGUAUUAUACAGUAGCUCGAUUGUAAAUAAUUGUUGAAGUGUCUUUUAAAAAACUGUAAACAGACAAUAACUUGCGGGACAAGGAGUUGCCGCGUGAAACAUGAUGAAUCGCCGUUGCAAUGAAUAGUACAAACGUUUCUUUCUAUAUCAUGUAUGUUUCGUGAACGUUUCCCUCCCAAACUGCGAAACGUACAAAUCUCGGAUAAAAUUCACUCGAAUAUAAGUUUCUUGUUUCCCCGUAACAUAAUUAUUCUUCAGCCUCGAACGGUUACUCAAAAGUUUAUACGGUGCGUUAACGAUUUAAAUUAUAACGCGAAUGCAGUGUAAAUGGCUAUACUGUGGAUCUUUAUGCGACUGAAACAAAGAAAAAUAUGUGUCAUUCAAAUCACUUUUCGUUUUAUCCCGAUAUCUCAAUCAAAGUUUUCAUUACGCUUGACACAGCGCAGAGAUUAUAAACGAGCUAGUGAUCUAUAUUUUUGUCUGGAAAUACGUGAAAUAUUCUUCCAGGAUUCGUGUAUUACUCGUUUGGAGGUUAGGUUAGCAAGAAGAGGCGAAAGGUUCGAGUAGGUGACAAGGACGGAGAUAGUAAACAUGAGAUAGUAAACGAUUAAAAAUUAUCCUCUUCUUUACACGAUGAUAUCUUGGCAACCGGAAAUUGUAUCGAGAUAAACGAAAAAGAGUUUUAAAGAGCAAGAUUUCUCGUUUCUAAUGAUCGUUUAUUCGUCGAAAUCGGAAGAAAUUAUCUUCGAAGUCAUAGUAAUUCAAAGUUUCCUUAAUUUUAAUAGUUUAAGAUAAACGAUUGAAAAAUACGUUCUUCUUUACACGAUGAUAUCUCGGGAAUCGGAAGUCGUAUCAAAGUGAAUCAAAAAAUGUUUUAAAUGAUAAGGUUUUACGCUUCUAAUGAUCGUUUAUUCAUUAACCGGAAGCGAAUUAUCUUUGAAGAUAUUGCGAUUCGAAUUUUUCUUAAUUUUAAUAGAGUUUAGUCAAGUUUAAGAUAAAUGAUUGAAAAACAUCCUUUCCUUUACGCGAUGAUAUCUUGGGAAUCGGAAGUCGUAUCGAGAUGAAUCAAAAAGUGUUUUAAAUGAUAAGGUUUCGCGUCUUUAAUGAUCGUUUAUUCGUUGAUCGGAAAUCAUUACUUUUGCAAUUAUAACGGUUCAAUUUUUAUCUAAUUUUAAUACGCUUUUAAUCGAAUUUUAAGAUAAAUUAAGCGAUGAUAUUGCUCGUAUUUAAAGAUAUUUUGAUUAAUUUUUAAUUAUCAAUGAACAAUAUCAAAAACAUUUCUUCUUCGCAUCUUCAUAAUGUGAAAAAUAUAUAUAUUUACAUAAAAAUCCGCAGUUUAGUUAUCUAAUUAUCGAACUGAAUAAUAAAUGAUAUUUAACUGAAACGCAUAUAUAUAUAUAUAUAAAUGCAAUGAAUAUCACUUGCACCCUAAUAAUAAGACAAUAAUUAAUGGACAAUAAUUAAGGGAGGAAAAUUUUUUUUAAAAAAUAAACGAAUUGUUCAGCGCACUUUCUACUUUGAUUUUCCGCAUAUCAUCCGUUCGAGGAUCAAGAAAAUACAUUUCAUAUCGGUGGAGCGAACAAAGAGUAUCGAUGAAACGUAUCAAUAAUAACGUAUCUAGAAAUUAUCCCGUAUUUAAUCAGGAGGAUAGCUAAAAAUGUAAUAUCGAUAUAGUAUUCAUUAGUUAAGUUUCGUAUAAUUUCAUACCUCUGACUUACCAACUCUGACUCUAAGUUUAAUCUCUUUUUUAUCGUUUAUUAUUGUUAUUAUUAUUAUCACUAUUUUUAAUUUUGUGCCCUAUUCGGUUCAGAAUGCGUACGAACGAGAAGGUCAUUUCCAUCCAUAUUUAGGGCGCGAUUUAAACGCGAUUUAAGCGAAUCGAAAGAAAAAAAAGAAAGAAAAAAGAUUCGCGUAUUUAUUGGAAAGAGAUCGAAGCGUAUUGCGAAGAUUUCACCGAUGAUUCGCGUUACUCGAGUUUUAUCAAUGACACAUCGUAACAAACUAAGGUAAUACCAUAAUUUCGAUGUAGCUUGCGCAAUAACGAAUAAGACAUAAAAGGACGGUGUGUGGGGGACGGUAGCUAAUGUUACAAUUAUAUAUAAAUAUAAUGAAUAUAUAUACACUGAUAUUACGUAUACGUAAAACUGUACAUAUAUAUAUUGUUGUCAGUUGAAUGUUAAAAUAAAUACCGGGCGUAAACGUGCA